AUGCAAGCGGUGAUUGCCCUUUGUCAUUUCUGCGAAAAUCACGGUCCUCGAGUGAUGAUGAUCACUCAGCCGAUGCGCAGCGUACCGUCGGCUUCUUCUAGUUCAAUGUCUUUGUCGAACGCUGCUUGUCAGAUCUCAUCAGUAGCUGAGAGCGAACAUGACGGUCCUCUUUAUUAUGGCGACUGUACCCCGGAGAUUCUGGAAGAUCCUGAAGAAAGGUGUAACGCAUGUACAUCUUUUGGAAAUAUAAAUCAACCAUGCUUGCUUUCAAAUGACCAUGAAAAUAAGACGAGUUACAUCAGCACACAGAUACCAUUAAAAGAACGAGUUUAUGAGCGAGUUCGAAAUGCUUGCUUGCGCUCACUGAGUUGUGAAAUUUCGGCGCCGUGUAAAGGAACAGCUUCUCCUUUGCGACAAGUUCACGCAGUUACUUCUGGUGAGUAA